UCUGACCAAAAAGUUCCGUCGUGUGAGAUAAACUUUUGGAGUGGUUAGUGAUGGGUGUUGAAGAUCCUAAUGUGUUGGCUAUGGUAGAAUUCGAGGUCUUCGGACAAGUCCAAGGUUGCUACUUUACAAAAUAUUGCAAGGAGAUGGCUGAAGCACUGGGCAUCGGAGGCUGGGUAAAAAACUCAAAAAAAGGCACCAUUGUUGGAAAAAUCCAGGGAACUAAGGCACAGUUGGAUCAAAUGAUAGAGUGGUUGAAAACAACGGGAUCUCCUGGCUGCAAGAUCGAGAAGUGCGAGCUCACCAACUGGGAGUACGUAGCGAAGAUCGCCUACACAGACUUUAGCGUACGAUUCUAGAUAUAGUCAUACUUUUUACCUAUACCUUUUAAAUAAAGUAUUUUUUUACUUA